AUGCCAUGGACAGAGCUAGAGGAGAUCGCCAGCAAAAUUUCAGAUCUAAACAAAUGGAGAGAAAUUUUUAGUUUCCAAGGUUUGGAAAUCAGCAGUACAACUCAUCAGCAGCGCCGGGUCAGCGCUGGCGAUGGAGCACCUGGAGCUGGAGAGCCCGUGGGGCCACAGCCUCCGGCACCUCACCCCCACUCCGCCAUCCCCAAGCCCCUCCUGCUCUCUCCAGACACGGGCGGCCGUCCCAUCUCCUUGGAAAUGGCAAUGGGUCUGCGAAAACUGCUAUUUGGAAAUGUGUUCAACCUCUUCAGCUCCGAAUGGGCAAAAGCGUACUUCAGGUUUCGCGAGCCAUACUCUGACCUGGCCUAUGCUUUGGAGGCAGAAAAGGGGGGAACAAGAGCCAUUCUGAUGGCUGUACAAGCGCACAUCAUUAAAUACCUGCUCUUCGUAAGAAACACGGAAUAUACUCACCUGGAAAGGCUGUGCAGGAUAAGCCGGCAGGAGCAAGGGGAGGCGCUGGCCGUGGCCCUGGCAGACACCCUGUGGGCAGCAGGAGGAGGUGUGAGAGCGGUUAUCUGCCUCGUCACCACAGACAUCCAUGUUAUGCCAAGCGGAGACUACAAAGCCGACAACUUCACAGAAAGAAUCCAGCUGUUUGAGUUCUCUGAGAAAGCAGCAGCUCAGGAAUUCAUCUUUGACCAUAUAAACUGUUUCAAAGGCGAAGGAAGUCAUGGAGUGAUCCUAUUUUUAUACAGUUUACUUUUCUCUAGGACACUUGAAAGGGUCCAAGAAGAUUUAGACUGCACAGCAACUCCUCUGUUAAAAUUCAGGUUUGGAAACAUCACCUGUACACAGGCCGUGCUCAGCCUCCUCCUAACGGGCCGAGCGAGCCCGCACGAGCUCGACGGUGGCCAGGAGCCAGGGCCUGGCGGCAGGGGCAUCGAGGCAUGGCGGCGGCGGGGCCCGGUGGGCUACCUGCACUGGGGCAGGUCGCAGGCGGAGCAGCAGGUGUGCCCCAGGCUGAGGACGCCCCAGCUGCCCAUCUGGCUGUGCAGCAUCACCGGGAGGCACGGAGUUCUCUUCGGCACCGACAGCCUGCUCCUCUCCGACUGGAAAACAGAGAGAGUCUUCCACCUGUACUUCUACAACGGGCAGCAGGAGCAGACAAAAACAGCCCAUCUAACGAUAGACACUCAUUCACAUCACUGGGAAGAAGACCAAAGUGAAGACCCAAGCAGCCCAGGGAAGAGGCAUCCGUCCGUGGAGAUGGCAAUCAGGACCAAGUGGGCAGGCGCGACUGUCAGCUGGAACGGGACAGACCCCUUCUUCUGA